GUGAAAACUGUACUGUUGAUGGCACUUCCGGUAUUCACUGGAGGCUUCCGGUCGGUGAGCUGUAGAGUGAUGUAUGCCACCUGCCGAAUCUUUGUGAGCGGUGGGUGCAGGUCCCACCUCUCUUCAGCUUACUGCAGCCCAGUUGUGACUCGAUUUAGUAGCUCUGCUGCCCAGAAGGAAACACCAAAGAAGACUAAAUAUGGCCCAUUGAAAGAUCAGGACCGAAUAUUUACGAAUCUUUAUGGAAGACAUGACUGGAGGCUUAAAGGUGCAAUCGCCAGAGGUGACUGGUACAAGACAAAGGAGAUACUGCUCAAGGGGGCAGACUGGAUCUUGAAUGAGAUCAAGAUUUCUGGCUUGCGUGGGCGAGGAGGUGCUGGCUUUCCUACAGGCAUGAAAUGGGGUUUCAUGAACAAACCCAGUGACAGACCCAAAUACUUGGUCGUGAAUGCAGAUGAGGGCGAACCAGGCACUUGUAAGGACAGGGAAAUAAUGCGGCAUGACCCACACAAGUUAGUGGAAGGAUGCCUUGUGGCUGGGCGAUCGAUGGGCGCACGAGCUGCCUACAUCUACAUUCGAGGCGAGUUCUACAAUGAGGCUUCAAACUUGCAGAUGGCGAUCAAAGAAGCGUACACUGCUGGGCUGAUAGGCCGCAAUGCCUGUGGGUCAGGCUAUGACUUUGAUGUAUAUGUGGUGCGUGGCGCUGGAGCGUACAUCUGUGGUGAAGAGACGGCACUCAUUGAGUCUAUUGAAGGGAAGCAAGGCAAACCAAGACUCAAACCACCAUUUCCUGCUGAUGUAGGAGUUUUUGGUUGCCCAACUACUGUUGCCAAUGUGGAGACCGUUUCUGUAUCGCCCUCAAUUUGUCGCCGAGGUGGCACCUGGUUUGCCGGAUUUGGCAGAGAAAGGAAUUCUGGAACUAAGCUUUUCAAUAUUUCUGGACAUGUUGUUAACCCUUGUACAGUGGAAGAAGAGAUGUCAAUACCACUUAAAGAGCUAAUAGAGAGACAUGCGGGUGGUGUGAUUGGUGGCUGGGAUAACCUUUUGGCUGUGAUUCCUGGAGGUUCUUCCACCCCACUCAUUCCAAAGUCUGUAUGUGAAGAUGUCAUGAUGGACUUUGAUGCACUUAUCCAAGCUCAGACCGGAUUGGGAACUGCAGCUCUCAUUGUUAUGGACAAAUCGACAGAUAUUGUGAAAGCAAUUGCUCGCCUCAUUGAAUUCUACAAACAUGAGAGCUGUGGACAGUGCACACCCUGUAGGGAAGGUGUUGAUUGGAUGAACAAAAUGAUGUGGCGCUUUGUACGUGGUGAUGCCGGAAUUGCAGAGAUUGAUAUGAUCUGGGAAAUCAGUAAGCAGAUUGAAGGCCAUACCAUUUGUGCUCUGGGAGAUGGAGCAGCUUGGCCAGUUCAGGGUCUCAUCCGACACUUUCGACCAGAGCUAGAAAGCCGAAUUCAGAGCUUCCAGCAGCAGAUGCAAAAGCAGGCCAGAGCUUGAUGUAGGCAUGAAACAGGAACUCCGCUUCCGUCGGAUUCAUUCUACUGCGGGGCUGUAAAUCUAAACUUCUGUUUUGUAAGCCUAAAAUUUGCAAAUUCUGUUUUGCUUUUGUGUGGUGUUAUAAUAUAAUUAAAUGUGUUAUAAAUUUCA